AUGGAGCAGGCGGCAGGUCUAAUCUCAGACGCACACGAGUCUGACCCAAUGGAAUUGGACGACGAGUUCGAUCGUGACGUCGAUAUGCCGAUUCAACAGCCAACACGCAGCGUCCCAGCCACAGCCGAUGAGGUAGUCAGAGAUGACAAAGACAAGGGCGCGGCAAGCGCUUUCUUCACAUUCAGAGAUCAUGCCAUGCCUUCGGCCUCGCAACCUCUAUCCGCCAAAGCAAAACUCGUGGCCUCAUUGACUGCACGGCAAGUAUCCACGACUCCGGCAAAGGCAAGCGUACCAUUGUCAGCAUCAACAUUAAACUCUGUCCGCCCAAUCGAGACGAAAACCGCGAGCGUCAACAAUCCUACCCGUCAAGCAGUCGUCAACUUCGAUGACUCCUCCGACUCGAGUUCUGAUUCCGGCUCCGGCUCCGACGAAUCCGAGGUAUACAUUGUCGAGAAGAUUCUUGCCCACAGCCUCUCGGAUCCCAAAUCUCACAACAAGUCUGUCCGUGGCGACAAGCCAGUCAUGCUGUACCAAGUGAAGUGGGAGGGCUACGACGACACAACCUGGGAGCCAGAAGCUAGUUUCCAGGACAGGGAUGUGCUGGAGCAGUAUUUGGCACAGCAAGAGCAGAAGUAG